AUGGCGCUGGCGACGGGAAUGCGCGUCCCGGCGCGCGCCCUGCUCCGCGCGUGGGCCCGGCUCCCGGGCGCGGCCCUCGGGCGGACAGAGCCGGCGGCAUGCGGCGGCGGUGGCGUGCGACGCUUCGGGAACCAGCGGGUGCUGGUGGAGCCGGACCCGGCCGCAGGGAUUGCUGUGAUGAAGUUCAAGAACCCCCCAGUGAACAGCCUCAGCCUAGAGUUUCUGACAGAGUUCGUCAUCAGUCUGGAGAAACUGGAGAAUGACAAGACCUUCCGAGGCGUCAUCUUAACUUCGGACAGCCCCGGGGUCUUCUCAGCUGGCCUGGACCUGAGGGAGAUGUGCGGGAGGAACCCAGCGCACUACGCUGAGUACUGGAAGGCUGUGCAGGAGAUGUGGUUGCGGCUCUACAUGUCCAAUCUGGUGCUGAUUGCCGCUAUCAAUGGAGCCAGCCCUGCUGGAGGCUGCCUGAUGUCCCUUACCUGUGACUACCGGGUCCUGGCUGACAACCCCAGAUAUGCCAUUGGGCUGAAUGAGACCCUGCUGGGCAUCGUCGCCCCUUUCUGGUUCAAAGACACCCUUGUGAACACCAUUGGGCACCGUGCCGCAGAGCGUGCCCUGCAGCUGGGGUUGCUCUUCCCGCCGGCAGAGGCCCUCCAGGUUGGCAUCGUGGACAAGGUGGUGCCUGAGGACCAGGUGCAGAGCACAGUGCUCUCAGUGAUGGCCAAGUGGAUGGCCAUUCCAGAUCACGCUCGACAGCUGACCAAGAACAUGAUGCGAAAGCCCACUGUGGACCGCUUGGUGAAACAGCGUGAUGAUGACAUCAAGAACUUUGUCAGUUUUGUCUCCAGAGACUCUAUUCAGAAGUCCUUGCAGAUUUACCUAGAGAAGCUCAAACAGAAGAAAGGCUGA